AUGGGUGGUUCAUGUUUUGACUAUUACAAUGGUGGCAUGGUUGAUGCAAAAUUUGUUACAUUGGACUUGGAAUUGGUUGAAAUCAGAGACUAUACGUCUUUCAGUGCUUCAGCUGCAGAUGCCUCUGUUUUUCAAACUGGUCAUCUGAAUUUAGGGAUGGAGUGCAACAAAGAAGAGGCCUUCAGGGCGAAGGGCAUUGCAGAGAGUUUGAUGGUAAAGAAGGAGUUUCUAGCAGCCCGUAGAAUUGGACUCAAGGCCCAACAACUUUAUAAGGACUUGGAUAACAUUUCUCAGAUGCUAACUGUUUGUGAUGUACAUUGCGCUGCCGAGAAGAAAGUGUUAGGGACUGAGAUGGACUGGUACGGCAUCCUUCAGAUUGAAGAGACAGCUGAUGAGGCAACUAUCAAGAAGCAGUACAGGAAAUUUGCUCUCCAACUUCAUCCCGACAAAAAUCAGCUCCCUGGUGCAGAAUCUGCUUUUAAGUUAAUUAUGGAUGCUCAAACAGUGCUUUUAGACAAAGGAAAACGGUCCUUGCAUGAUAUUAAACGCAAAGCUUCUUUGAGUAAACCUGCACCACCAUACCGGCCCCCACAGAAGGCAACCUACAGCUCAAACUUUAGUGGCGUCAAUCCGCAUUACAGGCAAUCGCAACAACCAGCCUCUCAACGGGAUUCCUGUAAUGGCCGGCCAACUUUUUGGACUGCCUGUCCAUUUUGUACUGUAAGAUACCAGUAUUUCAUAGAAAUUAUUAACAAACCUCUUGUGUGCCAGAGUUGCAAUAUAUCCUUUGUUGCAUAUGAAAGGAAUGGACAGGGCCCUCCAACAGCAAGUAACUUAAAUCCAUCAUCAUUUCCACAAAGGAAGGAUAUCCCAAAUCGGACUGCCAGCAAAGUGGAAUUGGGACGCCAAGAAAAUCUGAGCACUGAGCCAUCUAAAACAGAGUUUCGUUCAGAAAAAGUAACUGGUAAAAGACAGAGGAAGCAAGAAGAGGAGUCCAGUGAGAGUUGCAACACUGAAACUGAUUCUGAAGAAGAACUGGUUAGUGAGGAAGAUGGUGAUUUUAAGGCUGAGGUGAAUUUUGAAUGUAAAGAAGAGUUUCCAAGGCGAUCUGGACGUCAAAAGCAGCAGGUUUCUUAUAAGGAGAAUGUGAGUGAUGAUGAAGACUUUAUGAGAGAUCAGAAAAUGGCCAAGGGGAGUGGAUCAUUCCGUGCCACUGAAGAGAAAGAAAAUGGAAUGAAGGGGGAGGGGUCUGAUAGAAAAGAUCAAUCUAGUGUAGCUGCUGAUGUGAAAGAUGGGAACAUCCGGGUACAGGAAGAAAGUAAUGGAAUAAAGGACACCAAGAACGUGAAGGGAAAAGAAAAGGUAGAGGCAAAUGGCUGUCAGAAAAAUUCUGAAGCUCCUAUUCAUUUGUCAUCAGAUUCAACCUCAGAAUCCACAUCAGUUCCUGAUUCAUAUGACUAUCCUGAUCCUGAUUUCCAUGAUUUUGACAAAGACCGGGGUGAAGGGUGCUUUUCAGUGGGGCAGGUAUGGGCUGUUUAUGAUACCGAGGAUGCCAUGCCUAGAUUUUAUGCUCGAAUCAAGAAAGUCAUUACUCCUGGGUUCAACUUGCGGAUAACCUGGCUAGAGGUAUGCCCAGAUGAUCAGAAUGAAAUUGAAUGGGUUGAGGCGGGCUUACCUGCGGCUUGUGGUAAUUUCAAAUAUGGAAAAUCCGAACGCACUGACAAGCGGCUAAUGUUUUCUCAUCCAAUUGAUUUGGAAGAAGGCGGCCAAAGAGACACUUACAAGAUAUUUCCUAGAAAGGGAGAGACUUGGGCCCUCUUCAAAAAUUGGGAUCUCAAAUGGAAAUCUGAUGCAGAUGCUCAUCAGGACUAUGAAUAUGAGUUUGUUGAAAUUUUGUCCGAAUAUGCUGAGGGUGUUGGUGCACGUGUUGCCAUGUUGGGUAAAGUGAAGGGCUUUGUGAGCCUUUUUUGUCGGAUUAGAAAGGAAGGGAUGGACGCAUUUGAAAUUCCUCCCGGUGAAAUGUUCCGGUUCUCCCACAUGAUUCCAUCGUUCAAACUGACUGGUGAGGAAAGAGAAGGUGUGCCAAUGGGAUCUUUUGAACUUGAUCCAGCUUCUUUGCCAAAAAAAAUUAUAGAGAGUGCCAAUCCUGAAGAUUACAGAGAGGAGGUUGGCAAUGCUCAUUGUCACGGAUCAUGUUCGAGAUCUUCAGACAAAGCAAAACCUGAAGUUGUGUGCGAAGCAGGUACUUCGAUGCAUCAGCCUGACACAAAGGGGACCUCUCUGCUAUCUGAGGAUGAUUGUGACAGCAUCAUGGAAGAUUGCAGUGUUGAAGAUGCUAUUGAAAUUCCAGAACCAGAAUUUUUCAACUUCGAUGCAGAGAAAUCCAUUGAAAAGUUCCAGGUCGGUCAGAUCUGGUCACUGUACAGUGACGAGGAUGGCCUGCCAAAGUACUAUGGUCAAAUUAUGAAAAUUCAUUCUGGCCAAGGUUUUGAGUUGGGUCUAAGUUGGCUUACUCCGUGUUUGCUGCCAAAAACUGUGAUUCGGUGGCAAGAUAAGGAAAUGCCUAUUUGUUGUGGAAGAUUUAAGGCAAAAAGUGGAAAAUUACAGUACUAUUCGUCCACUGGUUCCUUCUCGCAUCGAUUAACUGUAGAAUUUGCUGGUAAGAAAAAUGAAUAUACCAUUUUACCGAGGAAUGGUGAAGUUUGGGCUCUGUACAGGAAUUGGUCCCCUGAAAUUAAACAUUCUGACUUGGAGAAUUGUGAAUAUGAUGUGGUGGAAGUCCUUGAUCAAAAUGAUUUGCGGAUUAGGGUCUCACUUUUAGAACGUGCAGAUGGUUUCAACUCAGUUUUCAAGACAAAAUUAAAAGGGCAGUCGGCUCUUACACGGUCGGUUCCCUGUACUGAGCUGAUUAGGUUCUCCCAUCAAAUUCCUGCUCAUCGAUUGACAGAAGAGAGGGGUGGGAGUCUCAGAGGCUUCUGGGAACUUGAUCCUGCAGCAUUGCCAGUUCAUUAUUUUGCAUGA